UCGUGCUAGUGCCCGCUGCUCGCCGUCAUUUCGCCGUGCACGCACCGCCGGCGCCCGAUCUUCCCCCGUUUCCUUCUCCUCGCCUGGGCUACUCCGCGGCUAGCGAUCCUCCACGGCAGAUCCAUCCGGCUAGGGUUCGAUCCGACGGCGAUUCAACUAGCAUGACCAUGGCGGGGAUUCUUGUGAGUGCAGCGACGGGGGCCCUCAACUCCAUCGUGGAGAAGCUGGGCACUCUGCUGGUAGACCAAUACAAGCUGCACACGGGGGUGCGCGGCGAGAUCAAAUUUCUGACUGGGGAGCUCACAGCCAUGAACGACUUUCUCCUGAAGAUGUCUGAGGAGGAGGACCCUGACCAGCAAGAUAAGGUAUGGAUGUCCAAGGUGCGAGAGCUCUCCUAUGAUAUAGAGGACUCCAUUGAUGACUUCAUGCAAGACGAAGACGACAAAGACGCUAAGCCAGAUGGCAUCAUAAAAAAGAUCAAGCACAUUCUGGGAAAGGUGGGGAAGAGGAAGGCUCACCAUCAGGUGUUCCAAGAUCUAAGGAAACAAGUCACUGAGGUGGCCGAGAGGAAUCAAAGGUACCAAACUCGUCACGCCUUAUCCAAGGCCAGAAAUUUGACUGUUGACCCUAGAGCUCUUGCUAUCUUUGAUCUUGCCUCGACGCUGGUCGGAAUUGAUGAACCCAAAGCUGAGCUAAUCAAACUGUUGAUUGACGGUGUGUCGAUAAAUCGGCAACCGAAGCUGGUCUCCAUAGUAGGAUCUGCAGGAAUCGGCAAGACAACUCUUGCAAACCAAGUGUAUCAAGACCUCAAAAGAAAAUUCAAAUAUCGGGCCUUCUUAUCCGUGUCGCGAAAUCCAGACAUGAUGAAUAUCAUGAGAAUUAUUCAUAGUCAAGUUAGUGGUCUACAUUUUGCUGACACUGAAGCAGGAAGCAUACAACAAGUCAUCAUCAAUAUCACGACUUUCCUAGCAGAAAAAAGGUACAGUUUCUAA